AUGGUUCGGCCAAGAGACUCACGCUCACCAAGCCUGGCGGCCGGCCACGGCGGUCGUCGACAGCGUGACGACCGACGACCACGCGAUCGUCGCGACGAAAGAGACCAUCGUCGGCGCUCUCGAUCGCGCUCACCUGAAGUACGCCAGCGCUUUACGCCCACUCACAUGCGCAGCAAGCAUUCUAACAUACCAUUAUCUCUGCAGCAACGACAUCGCGACCGAGACGGCGGCCGUGACCGUGACCAGUACCGCCGACGAGAUCGCUCCCGCUCCCCCGACAGGGAUCACGAUCGCUACCGCGGUGGCCGUGACAGACGCCGCUCGCGAGACCGCCACGACGACAGAACCCGGUCACCCGGUAGCCGGCGCAACAGAAGCCGCGACGGCGACCGAAGACCGGAUGACGCGCGUGGCAAAGACUCCCGAGGGGCUGACACUCGCAGCAAUCGCAGUGACAGUCGAAACAGAAAUACACCGCGUACAGAGAGUGGUCGAACCCCGGACGACCCCGCCAAACAGGCCCGCGACACCGCUGCCCAGACCGAUGCCGAUAAGAAAAAAGCAGAACGUCUAGCGAAGCUCGAGGCAUGGAAGAAGAAGAAGGAAUUGGAGGGACAGAAACAAAAAGAGGUCAACCCUAGUCAAACUCGCAAUCUAUUGGCAGAAAUGGACAAGAAGGCCAGCGGUGCGCCUUCUGGUGCUGCCUCACCCGCCGUUUCGUCGGUUGCCUCCCCCACACCUGGCCCAGACUCUGGCAACGAAUCUCCCGUGCGACCAUACGCUGGCAAGUUCGAUCCUAAGAGUAUCGCAAAAAAGUCAGCCGCGAGAACACAUGAUUCUACGAAGUCAAUCCUCGGUUCCAUCAAUACCGAGCAAGGAAAAUUAUCCGUGCCAGUUAAGCAAUCCACAGCAUCUGCAUUGCCAGCCAAUCGCGCCAAGACGAGCGGUUUCGGGUUCGGCAAGUCUCAGGGUGACGAUAAACUUCCCAGCAAGCGAAAGCUCGACCUAGACGAGGAAGUCACUACGAAACGCCAGCUGACAAAACUGCCCAGCUUGCCAAUCGAGGCAGACGACACACCAUAUGUCGACCAAGACGAGGGUGAAGACGACGAGGGCGGUGACGAAUUCGCUGAAAACGAAGAAGAGGCUGCUGCUGCUGCCCGUGCCGCGCACGAGAAACGCCUCCAGGCUGAGGAAGAGGCCGCUAAAGAAGCAGGUGGUGACGAAGCCAUGGCAGACGCGCCGGCCACGAAUGGAACUGCUGAGACCGCUGAGGAUACCGAGAAUACUAAGACUGCCGAGACUGCUGGAACUGCUGGAGCUGCUAGCGCUGUCGAGGAAGAAAAGAUGGAGGUCGAUGAGGCGGAGGACGAUGUGGACCCUCUGGAUGCCUUCAUGGAUGACUUGCAGCAAAAGGAAGUCAAGCGCCGGCCCCCCAAAAAGACAUCUACGGUUAAGAAGCUGCCAGAGCCCGAAGCAUACUUUAGCGACAACGACUAUGGAUACGAGGUGGACAAAAAUGCUGCCGAUGCUAGUGCCGUUCUGGCCAUGACAAACAAGCGCAAGAAAAAGGACAUCCCUACUGUUGACUACAGCAAAAUUGACAUCCAGCCCAUCCGAAAGAAUUUCUGGGCGGAACCUGUCGAGCUCAGCGAGCUCAACGAGGCCGAGGUGGCAGAUCUUCGAGUAGAGCUUGACGGCAUCAAAGUCAAUGGCAAGGAUGUGCCGAAGCCUGUACAGAAAUGGUCACAAUGCGGUCUCACUCGACAGAUGCUCGACGUGAUCGAUAGCAUGGGGUUCGAGAAGCCAACGUCGAUCCAGAUGCAGGCGAUCCCUGCCCUCAUGUCUGGCCGCGAUGUCAUUGGCGUUGCCAAGACCGGUUCAGGAAAGACCAUGGCCUUUUUGCUUCCCAUGUUCCGUCAUAUCAAAGAUCAGCCUCCACUGAAGGAAUCAGACGGCCCUAUUGGGCUCAUCAUGUCGCCUACGCGUGAGUUGGCCACGCAGAUUCACCGUGAUUGCAAGCCGUUCCUCAAGAUGAUGGGCAUUCGUGCUGUCUGCGCCUACGGUGGUGCUCCAAUCCGCGAGCAAAUUGCCGAAUUGAAGCGUGGCGCCGAGAUUAUCGUCUGCACACCCGGUCGCAUGAUUGAUCUGCUCGCUGCGAACCAAGGACGCGUCACCAACUUGCGACGAGUCACCUACGUUGUCCUGGACGAAGCGGACCGCAUGUUUGACAUGGGGUUCGAGCCGCAGGUCAUGAAGAUUUUUGCCAACAUGCGCCCCGAUAAGCAGACAAUUCUCUUCUCCGCCACCAUGCCGCGGAUUAUCGACUCACUCACCAAGAAGGUGCUGAACAGUCCUGUGGAAAUUACUGUCGGCGGGCGCAGUGUCGUGGCCAAGGAAAUUGAACAGAUUGUGGAGGUGCGCGAUGAAAACACCAAGUUUCACCGUGUGCUUGAGCUCCUUGGUGAACUUUAUGAAAACGACGAAGACGCGCGUACAUUAAUCUUUGUCGAGCGUCAAGAAAAAGCUGACGACUUGCUCAAAGAGCUCAUGGUCAAGGGCUAUCCGUGCAUGUCCAUUCACGGUGGCAAGGACCAGAUAGACCGCGACUCGACGAUUUCCGACUUUAAAAAGGGUGUCGUUCCAAUCCUGAUUGCGACAUCUGUUGCUGCACGAGGCCUGGACGUUAAGCAACUAAAACUCGUCAUCAACUAUGAUGCGCCCAAUCAUUUGGAAGACUAUGUCCACCGCGCCGGUCGCACAGGCCGUGCCGGAAACACCGGCGUUGCUGUCACAUUCAUCACGCCGGAGCAGGAGAGCUGCGCGCCAGGCAUCGCCAAGGCCCUGGAGCAGAGCGAGCAGCCGGUUCCGGAGCGCCUCAGUGAAAUGCGCAAGGCGCACCGCGAAAAGGUCAAGACGGGCAAAGCCAAGGACACGUCGGGCUUUGGCGGCAAGGGUCUCGAUCGUCUCGACCAGGAGCGCGAAGCCGCACGCAUGCGCGAGCGCAAGACACACAAGGCGGACGGCGAUGAUGAAGAAGAGAAGAAGGAGGACAAGAAGGAGGAGGAGGACACCAAGCACGAGCGCGCCAUUGGUGCCAUCAAGGCGGCCGCGUCUGGCAUCCAGUCCCGCGACGCCGGCAAGGCCGAGGUCGCCGUCAACGAGCCCGUCAUCAAGACGUCUGGCGUCGUGGCCAGCAACCCGGGCGGCGCGGCCAAGGGCGGCAACAACCCGCUGGACAAGGUCAGCUCGGCCGUCAGCGCCAUCAACACGCGGCUAGGCAAGGCCGGGCAGCUGCGCUCCGGGCAGCCGAUUGACAACAAGGGCCCCGACGCGGGCGCCUUUCACGCGACGCUCGAGAUCAACGACUUUCCGCAAAAGGCGCGGUGGGCCGUGACCAACCGCACCAACGUGGCCAAGAUUCUCGAGGCGACGGGCACGUCGAUUACGACCAAGGGCAACUUUUACGCCGCCGGCAAGGAGGUGCCCGAGGGCGCGGAACCGAAGCUCUACAUCCUCAUCGAGGGCGACACCGAGGUCGUGGUGGGCUCGGCGCUCAAUGAGCUGACGAGGCUGCUCAAGGAGGGCACGAUUGCGGCGGCGGACGCGGACAGCAGGGCGCCGGCGAGUGGCCGGUAUACGAUUACGUAA